CGACUGGUAUGCUACGAGCAUCCAGGGCUUUAGCGCAACCAAAGACAAUUGAACGCCUUGGUAAGGCAAUUGCACGUUCAAGAUCGAAUAGUCGUGAACCAAUCAAAGAGGCAAAAACAAUUUUUUCUGAUCUACCGGCUCAACUUACACCGUCAACAAGAGAAGCGAUGGCAGUCGCCAAAGAAGGAAAAAAAAUGGCGGCAUCCAUAACAUCACCAAAACAGCAAGCAGAAAAUGCCGCUCGGGAAGAAAAUGCCGAAAAAACAGUUACCGAGGAAAAAAUGAACGAAAUAGGAACAAAUUAGACAAAUAAAAAUCAUUAAGCAUGAUAAACCUCUU